GUGAGUUAUAAGAUUGUCUUCAAUGCCAGAAAAUUGUGAAAAUAUCCACAAAAAGCACACUUGCAAAUUGGUAUGUACAAACUCUAAAAUAUUAUUUAUUAUCAUAUACGACCAAGAAAAGCAGCACAUCUUCACAUCAAAGAAGCUGGACUUUUUUGUGACAAUUUUGCUUUAAAAAUGACAUCAAUUUAUUAAUUGGAUGGUUACUGGAUGUAUUGUACCUCUGAAAUUACACCAUUUUACUUUUAACUGGCCCAGCAUAUCUAAUUUCUAUAAAACGUUUUUUUUAAAUAUAUAUUUACACGUUGUUUUGCGUAUCCAUAACCAAGGAACCCAUACCGUGUUAAAGGUUCCAUGCCCAUAACAUGGACAUCACGUUUUCUGGGUUCCUCUCCUGGCUUCUUAUGAUUGGUUUAUCGGCCGGCGACGAGCUCACAACGGAGGCUCUGAUUGGUCAACAGCUGGAAACCAGGUAGUGGAAACACGAAGGAUCACGCGCUUGCUGUAGGCGACAGCGUUACUUCCUCUGCAUUCAUCGGGGCUGCCGGUGAAUGUAUUCUACAUUUACAUGUGACCCGUCCUCUCCAUACAGUAGCACAGUGUCCAUCAUGGAGCCACUUCUGUUCCCACGUGAGUCUGGGCAGUUCAUAGCGGAGCGGAGUCGGGACGUGUUCGUCGAAGAGGAAGGCGUGCAGAAGGUGGCAGAGAUGCUCUACAACCUCCGACACAGUGACGAUCUGACCGCCAGCGGCUGGAAGAAGGCGAAUCCGUUGGCUCCAGCACCCACCUCUGACCAGGCCUUGAACUGGGUGUUUGUGGUAGACACCAUGAACUUCUCCUUUUGGCCCGAGGAAGAGACUCAACAGUGUGAGGUGACCUAUGAAGGGACCACGUACACGGGCUACAUGACCCUGUGUGCUGCCAUCACCAGGGCCAUGGAGGAAGGUUUACCCAUCACUGAUCCGAAGUACUUCUCUCAGAUGAGUGUGGAGGAGUUGGGACACGUCCUUCGGUCAGACAAUGAAACACCUAUGCCCAUGCUUCAGGAGCGCCACCAGGUGCUCACUGAAGGCGGCCGCGUGCUGCAGGAACAUGGCGGAAGCUUCCGGAGUUUUAUCAGCCAGGCCGGGAACGACGCUCGUAAAAUGGUGGAACUCGUCGUGGAGAAGAUCCCUUCCUACAGGGACGACGCUACGUACGAGGGGAAGAGAAUCUCGUUCUACAAGCGAGCCCAGAUCCUGGUGGCAGAUUUCUGGGGCGUCAUGGAGGCCAGAGGAGAGGGUGACAUUAUUGACAUGGACUGGCUCACCAUGUUUGCAGACUACAGGGUCCCUCAGGCUCUCGUCUACCUCGGAGCACUACAAUACUCUGACGCACUGAUGAAGGCGCUGAACAAUGGUGAGCUGCUGAGUUCAGGGGACAGGAGAGAGGUCGAGAUCCGAGGUUGUUCGAUUUGGUCUGUGGAGCUGAUCAAAGACCGCCUUUGCAAGCUGGUGCACGAGAGGGACGGACGGACCUGCGACAUCAACUCCGCAGUCAUUGACUUCUACCUGUGGCCUUAUGCCAAGCAGCACCACAAAGAGAUGGCCCACAUUCCAAUACACCACACACGUUGUAUUUACUACUGACGAGCUGGCUGGCACCAUUACAUACAGUAGGCGUGCAGCCUUGGCAUCGUUGCCUUUCCCUGGGAUAAAGCCAAUCAUGUCUCUGUGCCAGAUGUACAAAUGGGCUUCUACAACAGAAACAGGUGUUAAGCUUUAAUGUAGCCCGUUUGUUUAAGUGGGUAGUAACACCGUUGUCCAUUGGCAGUCAAUUCAAAUGUUUACUGUUGUUGAUGUGGAACAUUUUCUAUCAAACGUCUCGCUUUAAUGAAGAGCAAGUGAUCAUAUACUGUAUGUGAGCAUACAAUGAUGGACACAUUGGUGUAUCUGCAGCGGCUUAACCUUGUGAACUGACACUCAGCAAACAGUGAAAAUAAAAUACGU